UUGAGUAUAGUGACCCGAAGAAGGGUGUGUGUGACCCAAAGUCAGGUAAAUUAUCAACUAACGUAAGGUUUCACUGGCUGUAUAAGCUCGACCUCAUCAUGAUUUGACUUCUGCGGGAAGAAACUGUUGACUCAUCUGUCUUUACCUUCAUCCUCCACAGACAGGCUCCUCAGAGUACACCAUUUUGACAGUUAACACUACUAAACAAGGUAAGAUGAAUUUAGAGGAGUACUUCAGAAGAAUUGGGUUCCACGGCUCCUACGAUAAGCCGGAUCUGGAAACACUGAAGUUGAUCCACAAGCUGCACGUCCUGUCAAUCCCCUUUGAGAACCUCAGCAUUCACUGUGGUGAGAGGAUUAUCAUGGACCUGGAGGUGAUCUUCAAUAAGGUGGUGAGGAGCAGCCGAGGAGGUUGGUGCCUCGAGAACAACUUUCUGUUUAACUGGGUGCUCAGAGAGAUGGGCUACGACACAACAAUGUUCGGCUCCAGAGUUUUCAGCAGUGUCCUCAAUGACUUUCUCUCUGAUGAAAGUCAUCUCAUCAACAAGGUCAUCAUCGAUGGAAAGGCUUACAUAACAGAUGUGAGUUUUGGGGUGUCAUUCCAAAUUUGGGAGCCCCUGGAACUCAUCUCUGGAAAAGACCAGCAUCAGGCAGCGGGGGUGUUUCGUCUCCAAGACAAAGGGGGCAUCUGGGUGCUGGAGAAGACUGCUAGAAAACCACUGGUUGUCAAUCCAGAAUUUGCUAAAUCGAAUCUGGUGAGCAGGUAUGAAACAAAUCAGAUCUACUGCUUCACACAGAAGUCUCGCGGGCCUGAACAUUUCUUAGAGACAAACCACAAACUCCAAACAGACCCUGCGUCAGUGUUCACCAAUAAGUCCAUCUGCUCUUUGCAAACCCCCACAGGAUUCAAAGCCCUGAUUGGCUGGACCUACUGUGAGGUCACCUACAAACCUGAGGAAGGUGUUGAUGUCAUAGAUAUGAGAGACAUAACAGAUGAUGAGAUAGAUCAAAUUCUGAGGGAACAGUUCAAUGUAAAGCUGCAAAGCAAACUGCAGCCGGUUAGGAAAAAAGUUUCCUACAUAAUCUAGAUAUUCUGCUUUGACGUAGAUUUUAAACAAUGGCAUGGCUAAAGCUGAUUGCAUGUUUUGUGUGAUUAAAAAAAAAAAAUGCAAUUCUUGGUGUAAGAGAAGUAAAAUUACACUUUAAUUGUGUUAUUUCAUUUUAUUUAAAGGCACUUUUGCAGGCCCAGGGUUGCAAUCUGACAUUUAGAUCACAUACUUUUACAUUUUUCACUUUAGCAUGAAUUUCAGACGAAAGCCUGCAGGCCUAUAAUCUGUACCUUAGGUGAUGGAAAGAUGAAAAUGUAUAUUUGGUAUAACAUUUGAAGCAUUAUCCACUGUAAAUACCACUAAUAAAUUCUUGCCUGGU